CCCCGGUUUCAUGUAUAUAUUCUCUCUCUCUGGGAUCCCAACGAAUCUAAAAAAACAGAAGAAAAGAAAAAAGAAGCAGACAAACAUUCACCAAUUAUUGAUUCAAACCCCCCCUCCUUGCCCUUGUAUUAACACAACAAGAAGAAGAAACCUUUUUUAAAUUAUAAAAAAACACUCUUCACACUCACUCUAACUUCACUACCUACUGAGACACUAAUGAAAUGAAACGAAGAAGGAGGACGACGGACCCCUUUUAGCUUUUUAUUUAUAUUUAUUUAUUAUUAUUAUUAUUUUGUUAGAAACAAAGAAAUUAGGCAAGGCAUGGCGUCGUCGAAGGUGAUGACGAGAAAAUCGGAUCUACCUACACCACGCUCUUCUUCUUCUUCUUCUUUAUCGUCAUCGUCCCCUGCCAAAUCGCUCGAUCAAACCACCACCACCACCACCACAGACUCUUCCCUCCUCCUCGACGCCCAAAUCACCCUUAUCGAAACCCCUAAUCCCGUUCCCAUUUCUAAAACCGUCGAUGAGGUCUGGCGCGAGAUCGUCUCCGGCGAGCGCAAGGUCUGCAAGCAGGAACAACACGACGACGACGAAAUGAUGACUCUGGAGGACUUUUUAGUCAAGGCCGGGGCGGUACAAGACCAAGACCAAGACCAAGACGAAGAAGAUGUGAAGAUGAUGAAGGAGGAGCACCUUGGUGGUGCUUCCAUUCUCGCCUUCCCUAAUAAUAAUAAUAAUCAUGGUUCAGCCAGAGUCGGUAAGAGGCCUCGCGUCUUGGAGCCCUUGGAUAGGGCUGCACAGCAGAGGCAACGCCGCAUGAUCAAGAACCGUGAAUCAGCCGCAAGGUCCAGGGAGAGGAAGCAGGCAUACCAAAAUGAAUUAGAAUCACUAGCUGUUAGACUAGAAGAGGAGAAUGGUUUGCUUCUUAAAGACAAGGCUGAGAAGACUAAGGAAAGGUUUAAGCAGGUGCUGCCUCUUCUUUUUACAUCAUGGAAAAAGUUAUACCAGUUGUGGAGAAUCGAAGGCCACCACGUGUCCUCCGAAGAGUUCGCUCCUUGCAGUGGUAGAUUUUAUAUGCUUGAGGUGUGGAAUGAAAAAGAAACACCCUUCACUGACAUAGGGGGUAUAAAGUAAAACAUUGGAACUGGAAAUUAAUCAUCUUUUAAAUUAGAUAUUUUAACCCGAUGGUUUGUCUAUAAAAGCAAUCGUGGUUUUGACUACAGGAGAAAAAGGGAUUGCAACCCAUCUCUUGAAAGGAAAUUACUUAUAGCUGAAGAAAAAGGAACUUAUGUUGGAGUUAAAGAUAGAAAUGAAGUUGAAUUAUGUAGUUACAAAUGUUGCACUGUGAGUUUGUCUCCCUUAAAUGCUGAUGUAUGGGAGCAACAGAGGAUUCUGGGCUAGUAUAUAAUGUACUUAUCUAUGUCUUGACAGCUUUGGAUGAAAAUAGAAAUGAGUUUGUUCUACUUUAA